CUUUUGCCUUUCGAUUAUUCCUUCUUAACCUGUGCAAUUGUUCAUGCAAAUAAAAUGCCACCUAAUGAUUCUUCAUUUAUACUCUCCACCCUCCUCAUCACAUUUCCUGGCUUCUCUUCGCUUCUCCAGCCAUGGCUCCAGAAUUAGAGAAACCUCGGAUUACGGAGAUACAUGUCCGGAUGGACUGUAAUGGAUGUGUACAGAAGAUCAAGAAAGCAUUACACGGCAUCAGUGGUAUAUAUGAUCUCUACAUUGACUUCCCUCAGCAGAAGUUAACAAUAAUAGGAUGGGCGGAUCCAGAAAAGAUAGUAAAAGCCAUUAAAAGGACAAGGAAGAUUGCCACUAUAUGUUCCCAUAUAGAGCAACCAACAGAGCCUGCUCCUCCAGCAGAACAACAACCCCCCGAAGGCGGCGCAGCAGCACCUCCUGAUGCAGUAAAUCCCCCUCCAACAGAAUCACCUCCACCAGCCGAACCAACUCCACCUCCUGAAGCUGCCCCACCAGCUGAGCCACCAAAAGACCCUCCACCUCCGGAACAACAACCACCACCACCACCACCACAGCCAUUACCAACACCUGUGGCUGCUGAGACCAAUCUAGGCCAACAACAUCCAGUUUACCACCACAGACCAAGAGAAGUUGGGGAAGUUCAUACCGUAUACCACCACCCUCCUGAUUAUGAUUACAGAUACGCUGACUACCCUAGUGCUUACCCGGGCUACUAUAACAGAUACCAAUCAUAUCAUAAUAGUCAAGGACCUCUACCGGAACCAACUCCUCCCCCUGCCCCGGCUCCUGCUCCAUCUCCAUCCCCAGCUCCGGCUUUUGUUCCACCUCCGAUCCAUGCACCGCCGGUCUAUGUGACACACAGCUACAACACAUACAGGCCAUCACCCUAUGUCACUGAAUACGGAUAUGUUCAACCACCCCCUCCACAACAGACGUAUUCCAGUAGGAUCAGCCAAAACCAUUACUACAAUGAGGAUCAAUCAUAUCACAAUUACAGCAGCAAUGGAAAUGGGAAUGGCAACAUCACGUCGAUUUUUAGCGAUGAAAAUCCGAAUGCGUGUACUAUAAUGUAGACAGAGAUCGGUGCUAAAGGCGGGCGAUUAAGAAUCUCAGGGGGAAAAGUUAAUUGAGAAUAUAUUGGCCUACAAAUUAAAGAUGUACCAUUUGGUGGCAAGAUAUAUUUUCUAAAAAUAUGUGACGACGUUAAGAGGAAGAAUGAGAUUCCAAGCGUGUAAGAGAAGAUAGAAUUGAUCCCAAAUCCCACUUGGGGAACUUAAGACGUGGUACUAAUGGCUGGCAUUCAGUUUAUGUAAAACAAUUUUACAAAGCUUCCAAAUUUUGAACCAUACUAUCAAUUAUUCAUUUUUCUGAUAA